UUUAUGAAAAAAUUACUUGCUGUUGCAGCUGCUGCAACUGUUCUUUCUUCUUCAGCUGCUUUUGCACAGGCUGAAGACAUUUUCUAUAUCAAAGGUAACAUUGGUGCCAGUAAGUUGAAUAGAGUAACUGACAAGAUCUCUACUGUGAAACUGAAGUCAAAAACUGCUGCUUUCUUUGGCAUUGGUGGUGGCUAUCAUAUCAUGGAUAAUAUGAGAGCUGAUCUGAUGGUUGACUGGAAAGAUUUUGGCAAAACAAAAUCCCAAAAAUCCUAUACCUUCAACGGUACCAAGAUAGACGGGACUGUUGAGCGUUCAAAAACCGCCUAUAAAGGUCACCACUUUACAUUUGGCUUUAGAUUUGACAUCUAA